UUACAAUAGUAUUACAUGCCUACCCAACUUCAGCGUUUAGCGUUGAUUACAUAGAAGAUAGGUUACUUUCGGGUAGGAGUGGCGAGUAAAUGGCCGCUAUAGAUGUCGCCCUGGAGGACACUGCGGAAGAUGGAGACCCUCGAGACCAGCUGACACGAAGUCCAAAUGACGCGUCGGAUGUCGCAGCUCUCGCGACGUGUCUCCACGAUGUGCUGGACGGGCAUGAUGAACGGGUGGAUGCUGUGUGUCGUCAAUUCGAAGAAGUUCUCGGCGUCUACUCCGUUGGUUAAGCAUGGGAACUGUUCCGAGAGGAUUUCCAGCUCUCCCCGCUUCGCGCCGCCAUGGCACUGAGAGGGAAUGUACCGGGCCUUACCGUCUCGGACGCGAAAUCCCUCUUGUUCAAGAUCAAAACGGCAUCGGAGGGGGCCGUGGAGGAUCAGGGACACAGGGACGCGGAGACUGGCACCGUCGAGGACGCGGCGGAACUGUGGUCCCGAUGAGUGCACCAGCCGGCAUCACCGAAGCAGAGGAUGUGCCACCCCGCGUUAAGUCGCGUGGUGCUACUGAUUUGCGUGCGUCGUGGUUCCUGUUGCCGAACAUUUCCAUACCGAGCAUUUCCUGCAAGGUCUCCAUCGCGCGCGGCACCACGGCUUCUGCCAUUCACCAUGCACUCGGCAGGUCAUGCGGUAUAGGCUCUGCUUGGUCGACAACGAGAGCCCUAGUAACACACGGACGCGACGUACGAGCGCCACAGCAGCACGUCGCCACGACGGAUGUCGUGCCAGUACACCGUCCUGUCGCCUAUGCGGCAGUGCUGGCUGCUGCCGAUCGCACGACCAUGCAGGCACCACGGCUUCUGCCAUUCACCAUGCACUCGACAGCGGCUCUAGUGUGUAUGGCAGUUACACGGGCACACACACUUGCGGGUGACUGCUAUGCAGCCCUUCUGGAUCCGAGUCAUACCGAGUCAGUAACCCGCCACCUCGUACGGAGGGUGCCACGGGCGCAGUUCAGCGGUGACUUGAUGCUGCUUGCCCGAAUGUAUGAAAACCGCCAGCAAGUGUACCUAGGCGCUCGCGACCGCGAGUUCCGGGCCGCUGGGGUAAAUCAUUCGCCGGCGGACGAACAUGGCGACUACACCCUCGCCAACGUUGUACAGAACUACACGCAACGUGGUGUGGAGCUGAGCGGCUUGGAAUGCAGCGCUUACACCAUCGCAUCCAACUUCGAGGUGAAACGUGUAACACCCGCACCUACGCACAGGCUAUGGUUGGUGGAGAUGAAGGAGCCGAGUGGGACGCGGACAGCGGUGUCGUCUUUCCUCAGCCUGUGCAGGCUCAGAAUCUGUUUGACGAUGCUGCUGUCCGAGUCCCCGCUCGGGCCCUUCCUCUCCACCAGCCAUACCCUAUCCAGCAUGCGAGCGCCGUUGGAAGCGGGAUCGCACACCUCGUCUGGGGGCCUCUGCUACUUUGCCACAUUCGACAGACCUGCUCGGUUAGCUCAGUCGGUAGAGCGCACGGCUGUUAACCGUAAGGUCGACGGUUCGAUCCCGUCAUCGAGCGCAGAGAGCAUCGCCGCGCACCGCUUCGUGUGCAUCGCACUGCACCACACCUGGACCCGCGCAAUGCGCCCCGAAGCAUCGGCGCUCACCGCUUGUGGUGUGCGCGAGCUCCGACACUGA